ACUUGCAUAUGUUUGUUUGAGUUGAGUUCACAGCAUGAAUCACAAACAAAUUGAGAUCUCUCCUUAAGUAUCUAUAAAAGGAAACAUGAGAAACAUACUUGGGGAAUGAAGGGUCAGGCAGAAGUGGCGUGCAAACUUGGAGAUAUUGUGUGGAGUAAAAGGCUGUACGACUCUAACCUGUACACUCACAUACUGGUUUUCAUUUGACUAUUUUUUGGACAAAGGAACCACAUCUAGGAAGAGUUUAUCAAAGAUCAGAAGUAGCUUGUCCAUAAUGUGGAGAGGAACAGGUGUUCUGUGUGAAGUUGUCAUCUGUCACUUGACAGGCAGCAGGAAUCUGUUUGAGCACCACACACCCAGUUGACAAACAGGAAGCCCUCCCUCACAUGCUUGUCCAGCCAGGUCUGUAUGGCUAGCCACACCAAAGAAGCUGUGACAUUAGGAAGCUGGUGACCGUCUUAACAGACUUGGCUUCGAUGAAGGAGAUCUCCUCUGAAAAAGAAGCAAUUCCCGGUGACAGUCACAUGUCUGGUAGCUAAGGGGAGCAUCUGCUGGUGCAGGGGGACCAUGGGGCAAAAGGUCUCACAGCAGAUGGCUCCAGAGGCCAGCCAGGAGGUUCUCCCCAUGUGUGAGGUGGUAAGCGCAGCUGUUGCCCAUGCAGCACAGAAGGUGAAGGAGUACCUGGGGUUUGAGUACCCUCUGAGCAGACUCGGCCUUGCAGCAAGUACACUGAGUGAAAUCUUCCUCGUCCACUUCAUCGCUUUCUGCCAGGAAAGGGGGGCUGAUGAGUGGCUCACCACCACCAAGAUGACCAAGCAUCAGGCCUUGCUGUUUGGAGCAGACUGGAUUUGGACCUUCUGGGGACCUGAGAAGCAAAUACGGCUUCAGGUGGCUGUGCAGACCUUGAGGAUGGCUUCUCCUCUUCCUCUGAGGGACCCAAAGUCCUGUGAGUCAAGGAGAGAGGAGUCUUGGAAAAAAGGCAGAUUUGAUAAGCUGGCAGAGUUCUGUAACUUGGUGGGAGAGGACUGUUUGGGCCUGUUUAUCGUCUUCAGUGUGCCUGGAAAGACUAAAGCCAUCAGAGGUGUUGUUCUGGAGAGUGUCACAAAUGAGAUGGUGGAGAGCCAUCUGUCAGGACGCAAGGCUGUGGAACAGUUUGUGCUGGAGACGGAAGAUUGUGUCUCCAUCAAGGAGCUGCUGAGAAACUGUCUGAGUAAAAGAGAUGGGCUGAGUGACAUGGGCAAGGUUUAUAUUAGCAUUCUCUAAACUGGACAUAUUGCUGUGACUGGUAUGUAAGAUAAAACAGAAAAACAAAAUCUGCAGGAUGGGGUUAGCCCCCCACAUUGACUGAAAGUGAUUACUUGGGUCAAAACUUGUUAGUGUCACAAUUAUGGAAAGGAAAAAACCCUCUAGCGGGGGUUUGGGGAAACUUAGUCUUUGUUUAUUCAAAAAUAAAAAAUUGGGGGAGAAAAUGAUAAAGUUAUACAUAAAUUUUGAUUUGCAAAACAGAAGUUGUCUUUGAACUAGUCUUAUAGUCACAAGCAUAAAAUGUUAUUGCUAUUGUUGGGAGAGCAACUACUGAGCAGGUGUAAGGACAUUUGGGGUGCGCCAGUCUUCCCACGGCUAGUCCUCUGAGCCUCACCUCCACUCACGCUUCUUCCCAGCAACUCUGCACGUAAAGGACUUUCAAAGGAUUUAACUUAGGAUCCGACUGAGUGUUAGCUUCACCCAUGAUUUACUAUGUCAUCUGUGAAAGAAUUCCUUGUUACAAUAUCUGUAAUUACAAUAAGGAAUGUGUUUUCAAACAGAACAGUCAUUUUUGCUUAAAAGUCUAUCUAGGCUUAACAUUACAAGGAAUAAUGGCCACUAUUUAUUGAACCUCAUGUUGGGCCCACUGAUUUGAUUAUAUUUUCAUAAUUUGUGCAUAAGGCUCUAAUAAGAAGUAGAUAUUUGUUUCUAUUUGUCAAAUCAAAGAUGUAUGUAAUU